AUGGCUCUCGACACGCGCAACACUGGUGCUGGCUGCCCGCUAAAUGCAGACCAGAUCUUUGGACCUGUCGUCACUGCGGCUAGUGUUCUAGCUGGACUACAAUUGGCGCUGGUAACGCUAUGGUCGAUCAAACCGGCCCUGCGAACUGUUGCAACCCUCCCAGCCGCCGUGUUAUCCUUGAUCGCAACUUUUUGCCUCAUUCUGCUGUCAUAUAUGGAGCAACAACGGUCUGUCCGGCCUUCAACUGUAGCAUGUUUGUAUCUCUUCGCCUCAGUGAUCCUUGACAUUCCUCAAGUCAGAACGCUAUACCUUCGACAGGGCUCUCUGGCAAUUGCCGUAGUUUUCACUCUCACCAUGGCCGUAAGGGCUGCGAUGUUGGCUUUAGAGAGCCAAGAGAAGACGAAGAUACUCAAGGAACCGUACAAGAAAUAUCCGCCGGAAGCAAGACGGGGUAUCUUGGACAGAAGCCUUCUUUGGUGGCUCAAUCCCCUUUUCUUCAAAGGUUUUCGAAAAUUACUCACACUGGAUGACCUUUAUCCUACGGAUGAUGCCUUAUCUUCUCAGAUGCUUCGGGAAAAGAUGCAGACAAUGUGGGAUAAACACUCUAAGCCAGAACAUCGCUAUAGCCUGCCGUUGGCUUGCGCCAGAUGCCUCCUGUGGCCCAUUCUUCGAAUAGCUCCUCCUCGGCUCGCCUUGGUUGGAUUUACAUACGCUCAGCCAUUUUUAAUUAGUUCUACGAUUAGCUAUGUUCAAGAACCGAAGUGGAGAGAGAACAGCAAUAACGGUCUCGGACUCAUUGCGGCCGCAUUCUUGGUAUAUGUUGGAAUUGCUAUUUGUACGCUGGGCUAUAACCAACAACUUUUUCGAUCAGUUACAAUGCUCAGAGGUGCGCUAGUCGGGAUCAUAUAUAACAAAACUCUCACUUCGCCAGAUGGCCUGCACGACGACUCUGCAGCUGUAACUCUUAUGAGUACCGAUAUUGACAGAAUAGCAUUUGCUAUGCAGUCGAUCAAUGAGACAUGGGCGAGACUUAUAGAAGUUGCCAUUGGCAUGUACCUUCUUGAAGCACAGCUCGGUGCCGUGUGUAUAAUACCGAUCAUCAUCGUUGCUAUUUGCGGAGUGGCGAACUCUCGAAUGGCCAACAUUAUGAGCACUAGACAAAAGAUCUGGAACGGCGCCAUCCAACGACGCAUUGGUAUGACCUCAACUAUGUUGGGAUCAAUGAAAAAUGUCAAAAUGAUGGGGCUCUCUGGAUUUAUGACUCGCAACAUCCAAGAACAACGAAUUCAUGAGCUUGAUAUGGCCACGGGGUAUAGGUGGAUGGUUUUGAGCACUAAUGUUGCCUCAUACUGUCCAGCGUACUUUGCUCCCGUAUUAACUUUUAUCGCUUUUGUCAUCAGGGCAAGGGUCAGUGGCUCAGGCUCACUUGAUACAAACACAGCCUUUAUGUCUCUUUCAAUUAUCACAUUGGUCACCCAGCCGGCUGCCAUGUUGAUUGGAGCAAUCCCAAAUACGAUCGCUUGUGUGGGCUGUUUUGAACGCAUCCAGAGAUAUCUUCUUGCUUCAGACAGACAGGAUCAAAGACAAGUAUUGGACCCGCCAGAUCCAUCCGAUCAUUCGAGUGCCAGUUCUAUCUCUAAAGAUGGAAUCGCACUACACGAUAUGGGGUCCAAUGCUGCACUUCGCUCAGUUGUUAACCCCUCAGUGGCUGUAUCACUACGCCAGCUGAGUGUGCGACCUGCACCAGGAGCGAAAAUUGCAAUUCGAGAUAUUAAUGUUGAUAUCGAAUAUCGCACAUUGAAUGUGGUUACCGGGCCUGUAGGGUCCGGAAAGACGACGAUGAUGAGAGCAAUUUUAGGUGAACUGCAGUAUGAUAGCGGGAGCGUAAUUGUCUCUUCGACGGCAAUGUCAUAUUGUCCUCAGAGUCCGUGGAUUACCAAUGCAAGUAUCAAACAAAGUAUAUGUGGCCUAGGAAGUGACACCAAAAGAGACGAGAAAUGGUAUCAAACAGUUAUGCAUGCGUGUGCAUUGGAUGAGGAUAUCGCUCACUUUCCACAAGGUGAUGACAGUAUCGUCGGUAAUCGAGGGUUAACUCUUAGUGGAGGACAAAGACAGAGACUUGCUCUAGCAAGGGCCGUAUAUGCACGCAGACAAAUUGUUGUUCUUGAUGACAUACUGAGCGCACUAGACUCUAAGACAGAAAGACUUGUUGUUGAUAGGCUACUCGGGCCCAAUGGGAUUCUCAAAAAGCUCGGGGCAACUGUUAUACUUGUCACUCAUUCAACACGCCACUUUCAGCUAGCAGACAGAAUAGUUGUCCUUAGUAAAGAUGGAACAAUUACGGAACAAGGGACCUUCGAUGCUUUAAGGGCUAAGGACGGAUUUAUCAGUACUAUUGGCCCUUUAACAACGGAGAGGAACUCUCAUCAAGUCUCUUCCGAGCCGUCUACAAAGAAACGGCCGAAGAUCAAAGGUGUCACACAAGAUGAUGUCACGGACCUGACCAGAAAAACCGGCGACAUUGCAGUUUAUAGUUAUUAUUUCAAGUCCAUCGGCUGGCUAAGUGCUUUGUUGUUUCUCUGUAGUGCUGCAUUGCUUGCUUUUGCAACGUACUUUCCGCAAAUAUGGCUUGAAUGGUGGAGCGACCAAAAUGGAGGAGAAAUAGGCAAAUAUAUGAGCGUCUAUGUUAUCCUCGCAAUUGCCGCUGUCGCUUUCAGAAUCAUGACUCUAUGGUCGGCAAUUAUAUUCAUUUCUCCAAGAUCAUCAGCCAAACUACAUAAUACUCUUCUUCAAACAACAAUCAAUGCACCUCAGUCGUAUUUUUCUACGACAGAUGUUGGAAUUACAUUGAACCGUUUCAGUCAGGAUAUUGGCUUGAUUGACCAUAAUCUUCCCCUGGCCGCUGCAACUUGUGUUAUUCAGGUCUUCUCAAGCAUUACGCAAGCCGGGCUUAUUGCACAAGGCUCGACCUUCAUGGCAAUAACAAUACCAUUCGUUUUGGUCAUAAUUUAUGUCUUGCAGCUCAUCUAUCUCCGGACAUCGCGGCAACUUCGCUUCUUAGAUCUGGAAGCCAGAAGCCCAGUCUAUACACAUUUUCUAGAGACCCUAGAGGGACUAGCAACGAUCAGAACUUUUGGAUGGCAGAAGCCGUCUUUAUCAACGAAUACUGAACUCAUGGACAUCAGUCAACGGCCAUACUACCUCCUGUACUGUGUUCAACGAUGGCUUACUUUGGUACUCAAUCUAGUUGUGUCGGUUAUAGCACUCGUUGUUGUUUCAUUUGCGGUUAAGCUGAACUCUAGUACAAGCGGCGCAGCUAUUGGUGUCGCUCUGAAUAAUGUUUUAGGGUUCACUCAGUCUCUUACAGUAUUAGUUACCAACUGGACUCAGCUUGAGACAUCACUGGGCUCUGUCGCGCGACUAAAAAAUUUCCAAGCAACAGUCGCGUCUGAAAACAAGCCAGAAGAAAUAAUCGUUCCUCCAUCCGACUGGCCAUCGCACGGUGCAGUGGAAUUCAAGAAUGUAACAGCAUCGUACGGAAGUCCAUCAUCGACACCAAUCCUUCACAGUAUAUCCAUGUCCAUACAACCUGGGCAGAAGAUCGGGAUUUGUGGUAGAACUGGGAGUGGUAAAAGCACUCUCCUGUCAACACUCCUCCGUCUUUUGGAAAUGAACUCAGGUACUAUCCUUAUUGAUGGGUUGGACCUUCAGACAGUUAAACGAGAAGAGAUAAGGACCCGUGUGGUUACGAUCCCUCAGGAUCCCUUUAUUAUCAAUGAUACAGUCCGCGUCAAUGCCGACCCCUCAAAAUCAGUGACAGACUCUGUCAUUAUCGACGCUCUAUCAAAGGUAGAGCUUUUAGAGACCAUCAAUUCUCGCGGUGGGCUUGAUGCGCAUAUGAAGACUCAACCUCUGUCUCAUGGUCAGCAGCAGCUUUUCUGUCUUGCCAGAGCUUUAAUGCGCAAGAGCAAGAUACUGGUCCUAGAUGAGGCGACGAGCAAUGUUGACGGUGCGACAGACCAGCUUAUGCAAAAGAUUAUCCGGACUGAAUUCAAGGAGCAUACCAUCAUAACAGUUGCCCAUAGACUGGACACUAUAAUGGAUUCUGACAUGGUUGCAGUAUUAGAUGGAGGCCGGCUUGUGGAAUUUGGUCCUCCACAAGAAUUACUUGAGACAGAUUCACUAUUCAGGAGUAUGCAUGGAAGGUAG